UGCAUGCAAUAAAGUGCACUGUCUAGGGACCAUGUACACUUCUCACAUUGCAUGUGGUCCUCUCGGCUCAUUGUAAUAUCGCAUAGCCUCCACCAAACCAGCUUUUGACGUCGACCGAUCAUGAAGCUGUGCGACUACUGCAUCACAAACGUUCUUGGGAGCAAGGAGUCGUGGGACUACCACAAUCACUCCUACGAUGCUCUCACUCCAUCGUCAAAAAACCGAUGCCUCUUCUGUUCGACACUCCGGAAGGAUCUUAGACGAGUUGCACCAUGGUUGAAGGAGUCUGAUUAUGCGGAGUCCUGGCCUGUCUACCGCUGGAGCAUCAGGAGCCUGACCAAGAUACGAGAAAGUCCGGAGACGGUGGUUGUGACAUUUCGAUAUGUGCCACCGAAGAAGAGGCCGGGCAUAGAAGCAAACGAAGAGCAAGACAGAAUUGACCUCCCGACGAGGACUUUCUUUCUGUUCCCAGACAAAGAUCUGCAGCCGCUGCCAACGUUAGAACAACUUGGUCGAUCAACAAAUCCAAACGUGAACGGUGGUCACCAGAUUCGUGCAUGGGUCGAAAAGUGCGAUCAAAAGCACACAGACUGCAUGAGACAAAGAAAGGCUACCCCAAUAGCAUCUCGCUUCAUCCCCACCCGUCUGCUAGACAUCAGCGGCCCACUCGAGACCCCUAUUCGGGUUAUCGAGACAGCGACAACAACCGUCCAAGGUCCAUACUGUUCCCUCUCACACUGCUGGGGCAAGCCCGACUUUGUUCAGUUGCAUGAUAACAACAAAAAGUCAUACAUGACUGAUGGUGUGCCAUGGAACCUCUUCACCAACAACUUUAAACAGGCUGUUGAGAUUGCUCGCUUUCUCAAUGUGGGGUACAUCUGGAUUGACAGCUUGUGCAUUAUCCAGGGCAGUGCAGAUGACUGGGUGCGCGAAGCAAGUCGAAUGCACCUGGUGUAUAGGAACAGCUACUGUAAUAUAGCGAUCGCGGACUCGAUCGGUCAGUAUGGAGGUGCUUUCCGUAGUCGUGAGCCCACGGAUGUUUCGCCAGUGGUGUAUCAGUCCAGGGAGGAUUCACCAAUGUUUGGUAGGCAGAAGUGGAGGGCCGUAUCUGAGGACUUGUGGGCCCGCGAGUUACUUCAGUCAAGUCUAUAUACACGCGGAUGGGUAUUUCAGGAACGAAUGCUCGCUCCGCGAAUUCUCCACUUUGCGAGGAACCAAGUGUUCUGGGACUGUCCAUCCUUGAGCGCAUGUGAGGCGCUGCCAGCCGGCUUGCCACGGCCAAUGGACACUAUAUCGGGACCUGACAGGCACUGGAGAGGCAGAUUGCAGGAGCCUGGAGGAAGCCGCGAUCUCGCUGGACCAAACGAUCAACCGCUAUCAGUCUACUGGCAGACCGCUGUUCGAAACUACACAAGUUGUAACCUGACACAACGCUCCGACAAGCUCAUUGCCAUAUGGGGCAUUGCAAAGCUAAUCAAGGACGCCAUGGGUGUCGAGUACGGCGAGGGCCUUUGGGCAGACAAUCUCGAAGACCAACUGACCUGGCGGGUUGCAGAGUGCGAACUCAAAGAACGCCCCGUUACCAAGAAGCGCACCUUCCCAUCCUGGUCAUGGGCCUCAAUGGACGGCGAGAUCAUCAUUGCGGACAGACUCUCUGAUAAGAAACACUGGACGGUGUGUGAUCACAACGGCCGCCGCCUCGAACUCGAUCUCAUCGGCGUCAAGCGCUACGCACACGCAUUGCAACCACGAUCAACGCAACCACGAUCUGCCGAGCCCACACCUUUCCUACAGAAUCGGGCGCAGAGUGACAGUGUGCUGGAAGUCAAAGCCCUGAAACAAAACCAGAGAAACGCACCUGGCCACCAGAUCAACAACCCUCCCAGCAAGGACCACAGUCCCCAGAAAAUCAACGAAGACGCCGAGCCUAUGCUCCACAACAGAUCGAUCCCCAUCCAGGGCCACAUCAACUGCGGCAUGCUUUCCUUCGACGCCGUAAAGAAAGCCUGGCUCCUCCAUCUCCACAACGCGCGCGAUCUCGACAUCGAAGCGUAUCCCGACACCAUCCCCGGGCCCAAGGACCUGCAACACCACUGCAGUUUUGUAGUCCUAUCAGCCAAAAAGGUGGUCCAGCCCAAAUCCGAGGUCAUCAGCACGCAGACGGGGCACCACACUGCUGAAGAUAUUGAGAUUGAGGGGCGCGGUGUUCUGCUAGAAGCUGUCAGGAAACCUCGUAAGGAUGGCCAGGAUCACUUUCGGAGAACGGGGGCGUUGAGGUUCCGGGUUGAGAACGAGGAGGCUUUUCGCAAGCUGUUGUGCACGAAGGGGUGGGAAAAACUGCCGGCUGAGAAGUAUAGCGCGAAGAGGGGGAGGAAGUUUUGGUUGGACUGAGGUCUUUGCCCGCAGCUUCUAGGUGCUGAGUUGUGCCUACGUGUCUUCGUUGUGGUGUGCAAAAUCGCAUGGCGCUGAUGUUGCAAGAAUGUUCGGGCACAGCAACUAAGGUUCCUUGCUUGAGACGGCGAAGCAUGAGCCAUGAUUCUG